AUGCAGCGUCAUUUCUUUGAUGUACAGUCUCUUUCUGCAUUGCUGAGUUCGACUAACGAGGAUGGAUACGACCUCCAUGACGAAUGGCACGAAAUUCGAUUCCAAGAACAGCUGGCGAAAUUCAGAAAGGAGUCGAAGUUUCUUGAUUGUAACAUCGUAACCGAGCGUUUGGCUAUAGUUCGUUGUCAUCGACUAGUCAUGUGUGCGCACAGCGCACAUUUGGAGGCUGCUUUAAUGGGCACUUUGAAUAGCGGUGUAGUCACACUCAGGAUCGAUUCACGCAGUGUACAUAUUUCCACAGAAAAUAUGAAGAUGCUAGUGGACUUCGCUUACACGGGAGUACUGGACGUGGGGCGGCGGCGGUUCAGAAUGUUACGUCUGUCGGCUUUCGAACUUGGCAUGAAUCGCCUAGUAGACCUUGUUGAUCAUUGUGCUCGUAAACUGGCAGAUGAAGAAGAGGAAUCGAACCAAUAUAGAAUGUUUGGUAUGAAUUUUUCAAUCCCCAUGGAUGAGAAUACUUCUGGAAAUCAUGCUGGUAAUAACGAUUUCUCACGUAACCGACCUGAGGGCAACAAGUUAAAUGGGAAUUCCGCAUCGUUGAACUAUUGCCCUGAGGACAUUACUGCUCAAGCGGCCGAUGACUAUGAUUCGAUUUACGAAGAAUAUGUUAUGGGACCUCGUCGUGGUAGAAGAACUGCUAUUCGUAUGAACCGUAACAGAUAUCAACCAGUUGUCGUCAGAGGAACAACAGUUGUGUCUGUCCCUGAUGCGAACAAUGGAGACGUUAAUGUGCCAGCGGUGACAAUGUCGUUUCUCCAAGAAAAUGAGCGAAGAACGUCGGCUGUGGAUAGCUUCGGUUACGGUCUUCCAGAAAUUGUUGGAGCAAGUGAUGUCACAGUACCACUUAUAGUGGGUGAUCAGAGGGUAAUGAUGGAAAAACCGUUCAAAUGUCCGUAUUGUGACCACAGGUCGAAAGAAAAGAGUGGACUUGAGAAGCAUAUACGAUGCAUUCAUACAGGGGAAGCCCCGUACAAGUGCAAGUACUGCAAUCAGUCCUUCAAAGUGCAAAGUAACCUUGUACGACAUAUUCGUGCUCAUACAGGUAUAUACAAGGAGUUUAUGCACGGAAUAGAGUUUCUCGCUGCAUUUUCAGUGAGAAAGCAUUUUUCUGUUAGCGUAGUUGGAGAAGGGAUCAUUCUGUCAUGCCUCUAG